GUCACGUGUUACACUGGCAGUACUGUUCUUUGCUCACCACAAUUGAAACUGGCAUGAUCUCAAGGUCAACGUUAGGCGGCCGCAUAGCAUUCCCAUACUGCUCGAGGCUAUCCCGGAGCUCCCCGUACAUCUUCUCGUCGAGACGCGCUAGGUUGAGCACCAUGGAAAAGUUGCCGCGUUUGCCAGUGCCAGACCUUCGCAAGACGCUGGACCGUUACUUACAGUCUAUCCAGCCUUUUUUACGUGAAGACGAGGCACGUGGUCACUCUCUCUUUGAAUCGAACUACGAAAAACGCGUUCAAUGGGCAGACGAUUUUGAGAAAGGUAUUGGCCGCCUUUGUCAGCAUAAACUCCAUGAAUUGGACGCUCGAUCGCCACAUAACUGGCUAGAUGAUAAUAUCUGGACGAACUAUGCCUACCUUUCAUGGCGUGUCCCGCUCCUCAUUAAUUCCAACUGGUGGCUUACACUCGUUAAUGAUCCGUCCAUACCCGAGUCUAUCCUGCGCGGUGACACUCGAUCAGGUAUAGAGCCUUGGCAGGUGCGCCGGGCCGCGUAUAUAUUGCAUCGUGUUCUCGACUGGCGCGCCCGCAUGGUUAAUCAGCAUCCAGACCCUGAUACAACCCGUACUGGUGUCUGGCUCCUCACUAAUACGGAGAAGAUGUUCAACACAUGUCGUUUACCAAGAACUGGAGCAGAUGUCCUUGCAACUAGAAAUCCGUCAUCUGAGUAUGCCCAGGAUAUCAUGCUCAUGUUAUAUGAUUUUGUGUAUACUGUAAGGGUCUGUGAGGAUGAUCGGACACCAUUGCCUGUACAGACCAUUGAGGAUCGAAUACGUGCGGUAGUACUAGAUGUAAUUAAGAGAAUGGAGUCUGGGGAAAGCGCCGUGCCAGUCGGUGUCUUGACUUCGGAUGACAGAGACUGUUGGGCAGAGGACUAUCAACACUUGCUCUCCCUUUCACCCACAAAUGCCUCGACCUUCCGCGCUAUCAGUGAAUCCAUAAUGGCUCUUUCCCUCGACCAUUACACUGCCAUGCCAUCGCAUUACCCAAUCUCGACCUCACCAAAUUCUUCCCAAUCAUCUCAGGCAAGCAUCCCAGCAUUAGACACUGACGCCGAAAUCCUCGCACACCUCUACAACACCCGCUCCCCUCCCCGAGCUCGGAACAGAUUCUUCGACAAAAGCUUGACCCUAUCAUUGGAGCGCAAUACUCGUACUGGCGUAAUGGGUGAACAUGCACCUGUUGAUGCCUUGGUGCCUAGCAUCGUCUUUGAUUACGGUGUCGUUGCUGGUAUCGAACCUUCUGCAUUCUCAGAACCGGUUCCGCGCCCUCUCACUUUAGAGGAGGCUCGUGUGAGUGAUGGUGGAAAAGGAUGGUCCCGUUGGGACUGGGUGACCGACGAGCGGAUCGAAGCUCGAAUAAGAGAAGCGGAAGGACGGGCUCAGGCCUCGAUCAAUAACUCAGAUGCAGGGAUUUUGGACUUUGGAGAAUAUGGGGCAGAUUGGAUAAGCAGUGUCGCACACCUUCCACCGGACGCCUACACCCAACUUGCACUCCAACUCGCCUGGUACCGCUCUCGUGGAUUCUUCACAGCGACCUAUGAAACAGCCCUCACGCGAAUGUUCAAUGCUGGCCGUACCGAGUGCGUAAGGAGCGCAAGUGUGGAGGCGUUAGAUUUUGUUCAAGCUGCUAAGGAAUGGGGACGUGGAACUGAAUGUGUGGCAGAGGGGAGCCAACACGAAGUGGAGCCCCGCGCACUUCUUCACCUCCUCCAACACGCCAUCCGGACGCAUGCAAGGCGCACGAGGGAAGCUGCUACGGGUCGUGGAAUUGAUAGGCACUUAUUAGGCCUGAAGUUGAUGCUAGAAGAACUCCCUGUGGAUGCGUCCACAUCUGCUUUGUCCUCCUUGGACUCUCCCUCAAGUUCAAGUCCCACUGGCCUCCCGCAAAAGCGUACGCACCCUCUCUUCGCCGACCCUCUUUUCUCUCGAUCUCAGGAGUGGAAGCUCAGCACUAGUGGCUUGAGUGCCGGUGACCAAUUCCGAGGCACUGGCUUUGGCGCUGGCUGGGAAGAUGGUUAUGGGAUUAAUUAUCUCAUAGCACCCCGCCGCAUCAAAUUCUGUAUCGAGUCCAAAUUCUCAUCCCCGCUCACCUCCACGAACAAGUUCAAGCAGCAUAUUGCAGAUGCGCUCCAGGAUAUGCGGGCGAUUUGUGAGGCUGGAGAGCUCGAAUUGAAAGACAUAAAGAAAAAAUCGGUGGAUGGGGAAGACACGCGGGUGCAAGCGCGGUUAUAGGCCUGGUGGUGUCGACCAAGAUAAUCGUAAGCGAUCGGACACCAUAUAGGUUCAAUAGAAGUUUGGAUACUCGAUCGAGAAUUCUAAUUGACCAUCCUCGCUUGUUGCUGCACAUACACCUGCCCAACUUGUGUUAACGAUUACGAUCGUGAGGUCCAUACUCCAUUAGAUCACCCUAUACUUAUUGCAUACCAUGAAAUACACCACUCUGACAUAAUUGAAAUGAAAAACUCGU